AUGGAUAAUCUUCUACAAAAUACUGAAAAUAGUACCAUUUCCAUUUCUAGUACUACUAGUGCUACUGCUUCCAGCAACUCAGAAGAAGUAAGCAGUAUGGAGCGGAAGCUCGUAAAGAUGAGUGAACAAGAGAAAGAUCUGAUCAACAGGAUGCACAGACUGGUUGGAGAUAGGUGGGAUUUGAUAGCCGGGCGGAUUCCAGAUCGUAAAGCAGAAGACAUAGAGAGAUUCUGGAUACUAACACAUACUGAGCCGUUUUCCGGCCAGAAGAAAGAACAGAAAGAAGCAAUGAACGGAUAG